AUGAGUUCUACUCACUCGAUCAAGCAAGAAAUCAUUGAUCUGGAUGAUAUAGAUGAUGAAAAUACAGCUAUGAUUUGUGUAAGUAGUAGUAGUGGAGGAAGAAGAGGAAGUAAUUUUUCGCGUUUUUUCGAUACUGAUAGUGAUGAUGAUGAUGAUAAUGAUAAUGAUUUGGGAUCGAGUCCGUUGAAAAAGAUGAAAGUUGAAGCGGCAUUGCCAGUGGGAUUUCUUGAUCCACUUCCACCAGAAGAGCGCAUGGCUUUUAACCGGUCACUUGAAGUUGUUGUAAGGAAUAAUGAAUUGGGAGUGGGUACGGAAAAAGUUGUUGUUACAUCUAAUAAGCAGUUUUGGAAAGCUGGAGAUUAUGAAGGGAUUGAUGGUGGUUUUGCUGCUAGUCAUGCAGAAGGCAUGGAUCAUGUGAGAGUUCAUCCGAAAUUCUUGCAUUCAAAUGCCACCAGUCAUAAAUGGGCUUUGGGAGCUUUUGCUGAGCUUCUUGAUAAUGCUAUGGACGAGGUUUGCAAUGGAGCUACCUAUGUCAGCGUAGAUGUUCUUGACAAUAAGAAAGAAAAGGGUAAAAUGCUAUUAGUGGAAGAUAAUGGUGGUGGAAUGACUCCUGACAAAAUGCGCCAAUGCAUGUCUCUCGGAUACUCAGCAAAGAGCAAAUUAGCAAAUACUAUAGGCCAAUAUGGAAAUGGUUUCAAAACAAGUAGUAUGAGACUCGGGGGAGAUGUGAUUGUGUUCUCGCGUUGUCAAGGAAAGGACGGACUAAGCACAACACAAAGUGUUGGAAUGUUGUCAUAUACAUUUUUAAGGACCACAGGAAAAGAAGAUAUCAUUGUUCCUAUGAUUGAUUUUGUAAAGAGAGGAGAAAUUUGGGAAAUGUUGGUUCGAUCUACACCUGAUGAUUGGAAAAGAAAUUCAGAUACGAUAGUACAAUGGUCUCCGUUUGAAAGUGAAGAGGAUCUCUUCCUGCAGUUUGAAUUAUUGAAUAAUCAAGGAACACGAAUUAUCAUAUACAAUCUGUGGGAGGAUGAAAAAGGAGACACUGAACUUGAUUUUGACACCGAUCCUCAUGACAUUCAAAUCAAAGGUGUUAGUCGAGACGAAAAGAAGAUUGAGAUGGCAAAAAUAUAUCCUAACUCCAGGCAUUUUCUAACUUAUCAACAUUCUUUAAGGAGUUAUGCUUCAAUUUUGUAUUUGAGGCUUUCUCCUGGAUUUCGAAUCAUUUUGCGUGGGAAAGAUGUUGAGCAUCAUAAUUUGAUUGACGAUAUGAAUCUUGCCAAGAAGAAUACGUACAGACCUCAGCCCAUUGGUGAUGAAACAUCCAAGGAUCCAAAUGCGGUCGCUGUGGUAACUAUUGGUUUUGUAAAGGAUGCAGAACAUCACAUCGAUGUUCAAGGCUUCAACGUUUAUCACAAGAACCGGCUAAUUAAGCCUUUUUGGAGGGUGUGGAAUGCUGCUGGAAGUGAUGGUCGUGGCGUUAUAGGCGUCUUAGAAGCUAAUUUUGUUAAGCCAGCUCAUGAUAAACAGGAUUUUGAACGCACGAUUGUGCUUGCUAGACUCGAGGCACGUUUACAAUUUAUGCAGAAGCAGUAUUGGCGUGAUAAUUGCCAUGAAAUUGGUUAUGCUGAUCGUCGAAAUAUAAAGAACAGUGUCUCUUCUGAGGAAGAAACAAACACCUCUGCUAAAAGCAACUCAUGUUCACGAUUUUCCUCCAAUGUCCAUACAACCAAUCGCGAUAUCCAUACAACAAAUCGUGAUGUCCCUACAACCAGUCGUGAUGUCCCUACAACCAGUUACGACAAAUCAAAAUCAAAAUACACUGGAGGUGAACACAAGACAGGACAAAUCCAGUCUUCGAUACAAGCAACAAACCAGACCAUGUGGAGAGAGUUAUCAAAUAGGCAAACUCGUCAAAUUCCAACAAAUUUGAGUGUGAAGAUACAAGAUACUUCAUCCAACUUGAGAGAAGAGAAUCACGUUACUAAGGAUCGUUUACAACAGGCUUUACGCGAUCUGCAGUAUGAAAAAAACAAGAAUAAAAGUCUAGAAGGACAACUUAAAGCAGCACAAAGGUUGAUAACAGAUUUGAACAGUAAUCACGACAAUUUAGCUCACAUGCUAUUAGAAGAACGAAGACGAUCAAGGGAAUCUUCUGUUAUCAACGAAGAGCUGCGCGAUAAAGUGAAGUUGCUAGAAAAUAGGAUGCCAUUUACAAGUGUCAAGCGCGAACAUUGA